AUGUCCCACUAUGACUUUCGCCCCGGCGGCGCGCUCAAGCUGAGGGGCGGCGUUGCUGAGGGAGGCAUCGUCAAGAAGAGGAAGCACAAAUCCAAGUCCAAAGAGAAGGAGAAGGAGAAGGAGAAAGAAGAGGACAAGGUUGCUGAAGCGGAGCGGCUGAAGGAACUGGAGUCGGCAUUGAAAGUUGAAGAGGCCAAGAGUGGAUCUCCGUCAGGAAGUGGCAGGAGCUCGCCAGUAGUUAGUAGCAGCAGCGAUAGGAAGACGGCGGCGGAGCGAAGGUUCGAGGAGGUUCAGAAGAAACGGCUCGCCGCUAAAGUCGCUAAGCUUGCGAAUCAAACGCACAAAGACCGUGUGCAUGAAUUCAACUCGAAGCUGGAGGCCUUGAGCGAGCACCAUGAUAUCCCAAAGGUCGGUCCAGGCUAA